GAUUGUGAUGUCUGUUUGUACUUUUAUACGUGGACUGCAAUACUAGGACAUCAAUAUCAAAGCUUAAUAAGCUUGCUUGCUUCAAAUGAAUCUUCCCAUCUCGGCUAUUCCAAUUUUUGAUUCUUCAGUCUUGAACCUACACUAUCAUGUAUAUAUGUCUUGUGCAUAUCAAACAUAUGUAAUCAUUUCACUCUCUUUACCUGUCAUGGAUCUUCAGUUUCCACUGAUUUUCCUGUCGUUUCUUGUCAUCGUCUUCGUUUUUUUAGCUAGCAGAAGUACCAACACUGCUCGAAAGUUGCCUCCAGGACCUCGAAAACUACCUAUUAUCGGACAUAUUCAUAAAUUACGAGGACAAGUACAACACCGUGUCAUUACUGACCUGUCCAAGAGACAUGGUCCGAUUAUGCACUUACAGCUUGCUGAAAUCUCAGUCAUUGUCGUGUCAUCGUCAUCAUUAGCUAACCAAGUACUGAAAACUCAUGAUCUUGCAUUUGCGGAUCGUGCACAACUCCAAUUGAGCAAGAUAAUUCUGGAGGGUUGUAAAGAUGUUGCAUACAGUAGGUAUGAUGAUUACUGGAGGCAAAUGAAAAAGAUAUGUAAGGUGGAGCUUCUCACUCUCAACAAGGUCACUUCGUUUAGAUCUAUCCGUGAAGACGAGGCAUGGAGCCUUGUGGAAUCUGUUAAGAAUUCUUUGGAUUCUCCUAUCAACCUUACUUACCUGUUUACUUCAUUGGCUAAUUCCAUAGCGUGUCGUGCGGCCAUUGGAGAAAGAAGCAAGUAUCAAGAUGAGUUGGUUCACUUGAUUGAGUCUAUGGCAGCUUCAGGAGGAGGCUUUGAUGUUGCUGACUUGUUUCCUUCUUAUAAACUUCUUCAUGCUUUUAGUGGACUGAAGGCUAAACUGAUCAAGCUUCGGACUCGGGUUGAUGUAAUAUUCUUUAACAUCAUUAAAGAGCAUAAAGAGAAAAGGGCCAAGGCAAAACAGAGUAAUGGCAGGGGAUCUGGGGAGGAGGAUUUGGUUGAUGUUCUUCUGAGACUGCAGGAGGAAAGCAGCUUUGAGUUCCCCAUCACCUCCAGUGACAUUAAAGGCAUCAUAAUUGAUAUGCUUGCGGCUGGGACUGACACUGCUGCGGCUACACUUGACUGGGCCAUGUCUGAAUUGGUAAGAAAGCCUGAAGUGAUGGAGAAAGCACAAUCAGAAGUGAGGGAAGCCUUUAAGGGAAAGGCAAAAAUACAAGAAGUUGAUCUUGAAGAUUUACAUUACCUAAAGCAUGUUAUUAAAGAAACUCUUAGGCUGCAUCCACCAGCUCCCAUGUUACUUCCUAGAGAAUGCCGAGAAGAGUGUCAAGUCGAAGGAUACACUAUUCCAGUAGGGAGCAAACUCUUUGUUAAUGCCUGGGCAAUUAACAGGGAUCCUGAAUAUUGGCCGGAUCCGGACAGUUUUGAACCUAUGAGAUUUGAGAAGAAAUGUGUGGACUACAGUGGGACAAAUAUGAAUUAUAUUCCAUUUGGAGCAGGCAGGAGAUCAUGCCCUGGCAUCACAUUUGGUAUAGCCACUAUGGAGUUACCUCUUGCUCUGCUGUUGUAUCAUUUUGAUUGGAAACCGCCAAACGGGUUAAACCCAGAGGAUUUGGACAUGAAUGAAGUCUUGGGAGCUAGUCUUAAAAGAAAAACCAACUUGCUUCUCACUGCGAUUUCUCGGACUCCAGAUGACUAUACUUAAAACUUGAUCCUUUUGGAUCAAGGGUCUGUAACAGUCUGGAGAUCAUACAUAUUAUACAAUCACAGCUAGAAUUUCACGGUGUGUUUUAGAAAAUGCAAAUGCAUCAAACUUUAAUGUAUAAAUUUUAUUGUAGUUUUGCUAAAUUACUUGAAUAAAUUUGGAUAUGCUGUACAUGAUGAGGAA